AUGAAGACGAUGAGGAGUCGAAGGACUGGGGAAUCCCGGCGGAGCAAGAGGAUGAGAAGGAGGGAGAUGGACUUUCACGUUCACGUACAGAUGAAGAUCAGAAGGAUCACGCUGCUGGAACUGCACAGAGCAAAGAAAGACAGAGGAAAGCGUUAGAUCCGCAGCAAGUGCAGAAUCUCAAGGGUCCAAUGUUGGCGGAGCUCAAUUACGCACAAGAAUCCAUUUAUUCUGCCCACUGCGCAAUUUCUUUAAUUCUCCUCUCUCGACCCACGCAGAUUUCUUCCGGCUCUUCUUCGACAGGCCUCGGUCGUCAAGGCUCCGAAAGGGGUACACCUCUGCCCAGGGAAAGAGAAGGGACUGCCACUUCCACGCGAGCUGGCGCAGGUGCAGGAGCGGCAGCGGCAGCGGGUUGGGCUGGCAGAGGUGUUUCUGCGGCUCAACCGGGCACCGCGAUGGCUCUGUUUGAAGAGACGGGACUGGAAGCGGAACACGUAUCUGUUGAGCUGCUUGGAUCUUUCCAGCCUGAUGCUUCUGCACAAGCCGAGGAUGCAUCGCAAGGCUCCGCUUAUAGCUCGUCGGACGAGGGAGCUGAGAGAAGCAGUCAGAGCAAGGACAGAAAAGGCGUCCUUGACAAGAAGGAGGAGAGAGGCGCAGAAGAGCAGGAAGGCGAAGAGGCGGAUAAUUUGUAUUCAGCCAAGAGCAACGCGAGAUAUCUUCGCGAAAACGAUGACAAGCUUUCAAAGGAGCAGAUGGAAGAUCGAACGAAAUCUCUGGUCAUAUCUGCGCAAGCUGCUCGAGAUGGGAUAUUGGGCGCCAUUGGGAUUUUGCGACGAGGAGCACGAGAAUUGGAUGAAGUGUGCGCUCAAAAAGCAUCGCCGACGUCAGGAUCCACUCUCACCAAAGGCCUGGGCGAGGGAUCAAAUAUGCGGCGAGAAGCUUCGGAAGCUACGUAUGCUGAUCGACGUGGAACACUGAACGCUGCAGAGAGGGAAGCGAACAGAUGGGAAUGCUUGGCGAGGGCCAAGAGCUGCGAUUGGACCUUGAGCGGAGUGGCCAAUGCGGAUCUGGAUGUGUUACUUCAAGACGAGGAAGAGGCACCUGAGAGGGAGGGGCGCGCAGCCCUAACCACUCUGAUUGAAGCCGACAGGAACAGGGGAGCUAGGGAUGCGUGGAUCGGCUGGGCUAUCACUGAAGGUGAGUGCUUCUCACUCUUCGGUCAUUCUUUGCCUCGCCCUCAUGCGGACUAUAAACAGCGCUCGCUCGCAAGGGUUCAUUCUGCCGAGCCGCGGAGCCCAUCCGCUGAAACUGCCGCGUCCGACGCGCAGGACAAAGAGGGAAUGAGCGAGAAGCUGGAGCAAAAUGAAGAGAGCGCGGGACACGUGCCUGCUCCAGUGUCCUUUGUCUAUCGACCGAACAAACGCUUGCAAGUCAGUUUUGAGCUAAGCUGCACUGGUGGUAGUCUGCCCGAACAGCUCGAGGCUCGACGUGGCAAUGCUGAUGGGACGGCAGAAGUGCGGCAUAUGCAUGUGGACGGACAGGGGAAAAGGAGAACGCUCUUUGUCUCUUCUGAUGCGAACGUGCCUGCUCGGUGGCAGAGGUCGAAGGCUGGAGAUGAAGCGAGCAGGACGAGACGAGAAUUGAACGAGGCACAGCUUGAGCUUGCGGAUGAGGAGCUGUUUGGCAAUCUCGUCAGCGAAGCUCGCGCACUUUCGAAUCGGGGAGAAGCAAACGUCAAGAUCAGUACUUCUUCAUUGACGAUAUUUGUGAGCAAUCAAGUCAGCAUGCUCAUCGAGCUAAUACCCACGCGAUCUCCACAAUCAUUCGACAAGCCCACUUCACCGACGAUGGAAGAUGAUGGGGCUCCGAAGGGCGACGAAAUGCAGAAUGUUCAACGCGUCGCUUCCGCCAUGCCCGAUGCGCUCCUCGGCUUCUUGCGUUUGGGCCUGGUAGGCAGGUACAAGGACAGAGCUUGCGGCUCAUCAGCCUUUGGCUCGAGUCGGGCUUCGCAAGGCAAGAUCGAGAUGCUGCACCCCUUGCUGAGUGUGCUAAGGCUUCUCAAGCUUCGAAGUGGUGUAUUUGAACGCGUACAGACUCUGAUGGAGAAUCUCGAAAGUCGAAUGGCGAAAAGUGGUCGCGUUCGAUUGGAACAGAGCGCAGUCACGUUCAAAGCAUUUGGGAAGAAGAAUAGUAAAGCGGCACGGGCUGAACGAGCAGUGGGGAUUGAACGGGCUGGAUGGGUUUCGAGAGUGUUUGGCGGAAGAGCACUGGGUGCUUUCACGAGCUUACAGAGUCACUUGGCACUGCACGUCGAUGAUGAGUGAGUUUGGUACGUGCCAGAACAUGGAAAAGGCCUCUGCUUGCCCCCCCUUUUCCUCUUCGCCACUUUGAGAGCUGAACAACUCCUGCCACCGCUUGUCGAAUCUCGAACUCGACUGUAGAAUAGUCGCAGUCGUAUCGACGUCAUUCCCGAGCAACAUCGCUUUGCACCUCCAAUUUCCACCACCCGCUCCGACGCAUCUACAGGCCGCUGCUGCAGCUUCGA